ACGUGGAAAGGCUUGGCUCAUGAAUAAUCAUUAAAAUACGCGACUGGACGAUCCGGGAAGGUUACGUAGAAACGUCACCGUGACCUUAUUAAUAUUCAUGAGCCGACCUUCUCCAUAGUACGCUUCGUAAUUUCGUGACCCUCCCAGAGACUUUCAUUCUCCGUUCAUCGGCUGUCCUCAGCAUCCCCUCUGUGCUGAUGGCGCGUGUGGAUGGUGUAUGAUGCAGCGAUGCCCGGGGCCUAACCCACCGGUUACCGGGAAACGGGACGAGAACGCGCGGAUUGGGCAUUAUGCACCAUUCCUCUACCAACCGGUCACCGGAUCCCUGCUUUAUCUCAUGUCAGUCUGUGUACUCGGGUGAAACCGAGGAAUGAAGUGUUGCAACCAUGAUGCAAGGAUUAAAAAAACGUACCCGAAAAGCUUUCGGGAUACGGAAGAAAGAAAAGGACUCUGACUCCACGGGAUCACCAGACAAAGAUAAAUCUAAAAAAGCCAAUGGUGCACCCAACGGUUUCUAUGGUGAGAUCGACUGGGAUCGAUACAACUCACCUGAUGUGGAUGACGAGGGCUUUAGCGUUAAACCCGGAGAACAAGGGGGAACAGCUCCGAAGGUCAGGACGUUCUGCUCCUCCAGCGAGUCGGAGGGUGAGGAGGAACAUGGGAAGAAAUUUAAGAUCAAGAUCAAGCCGCUGGCAGCAAACAGUGGAAACUGCACAGUGUCCACUAUGGAUGAGCUGAAGGCUUCGGUGGGGAGCCUGGCGAUAUCACCGUCUCCUCUGCGGAAGAGUCCGAGGAGAAGUCCAUGUCCAAUGAAAAGAAACCUGUCAAGUGAGGAGAUUGCCAGACCAAGACGAUCCACUCCAACACCCACAACAACCCCUGGCCCUGGUUCUGACACACCCAGAGAAAACAGCUCAGCCUUCUUCGGGCCACCAUUUGAAACAAAUGUUGAAGCACACUAUUCAGAAGUGUUCAUGGCGGAGCCAGAGAUGUGGUGUCAGUCGAGCUCGACCAGCAGUUGUGUUCUGAGCAGAUCACUCCCCACUGGAGCUCCGCCUCCACUACCUCCAAAGAACAUCCCUGUCACCCCACCUGGACGUAGCUCCAGCUCUGUAGAAUCCUCUGGUUAUUAUAGUGUGGUUCCUAGUGUCAGAGGAGACAGAUCAUCCUCUGCCUAUCAGGACACUCCAUUAUCUGACCCAACUGGAGGUGCAGUUAUGCCAGACUUGGACAAUGUUUUUGGCCCUGUCGACACACCAAAAUCCGGAAUGGAUAUGGUGCAGUGCAGCUGGGUUAGCUUCGCAGAGGGCUCUCCUGCCAGACCUCCACCACCAGAUGAGCCAGCCCCUUCUCCACCACUGUCCUCUUCCCCUGCGGACUCGCCCCCGUCGUCACCCCUCAACCUGCCACCUCCCCCCUCAUCCCCUCCCCCUCUCCACCCCAUCCCACCUCCGGACUCACCUCCACCGCCUCCACCAUCAGAAUCUCCACUCAGCCCCCUGCCGCUUCCCUCCUGCUUUCAUCUACCAGAGGUAGAACUUUGUCAUGAGAUCCCCAUUACCCCAUCCAGCCCUGGGCUGCCCUUCUUACCAUCAGACCACCCAAGAUAUGGAUCCAUAUCUUCUGCUCUUACCCUGAGAGAUGCUAACAGAAGAACACCUGAGUUGUCUUCGGUGAGAGAAGAGCUUGCUGUGUUUGGAACGUCUCCUAAAGACAUGGCAACAGGAGGCUUCAGGGGAACCCCACCUCCACUGCCUCCUCCAACUUACAGGAGUGUGAUGGGCUCUCCAGGACCUGGUAGUGGGCCGUCCUCUCCUGCACGUGCUGGUACACCACUGUCUGCUGGAAGCCCAAUCCCACCUCUACCACCAAGACCAUCUUCAAGGCCUAAACUACCACCUGGCAAACCAAGUCUAGCAGAACUGGCUCGUCCCUUCAGCCCCCCCAUUCACUCCUGGAGUCCUCCACCCUUCGCUCCUCUGGCCAGAGCUGAGAGCACCUCCUCCAUAUCCUCCGUCACCUCUCAGAGCGCAGCCUCAACACCAACAUUGGGCCGUGAACUUAACCUGUCCGUGUCAGUAUGUUCCAGAGGUCCAAGCCCCCUCACAAUGGGACCCCAGGACACUCUACCAGUAGCAGCCGCCUUCACAGAGACCAUCAGCGCCUACUUUAAAGGAGCAGAUCCCACCAAAUGUCUGGUGAAGAUCACAGGGGAGAUGGUAUUGUCUUUCCCAGCCGGGAUCACCAGACACUUCUCCAGUCAUCCCAGUCCACCAGUACUAACCUUCACCAUCAACCAGUACAGUCGACUGGAGCAGGUUCUUCCCAACCCGCAGCUCCUGUGCUGUGACACCACGCCACCUACAAGUGACUCAAAGGAGUUUUGGGUGAACAUGCCGAGCUUGAUGAGUCACUUGAAGAAAGUUGCUGAGCAGAGGCCACUGGCCACGUAUUACAAUGUGGAUAUGCUCAAAUACCAGGUGUCUGCUCAAGGGGUCCAGUCCACACCACUGAAUUUGGCUGUGAGUUGGCGUGGCGAUGCCAGCUGCACAGACCUCAGGAUAGACUAUAAAUAUAAUGCAGAGGCCAUGCUGGCACCCACACCUCUCACCAACAUCCAGUUCACGGCAGCUGUGGACGGUGGCGUAAACAAACUGCAGGCCAUGCUUCCACCGGCCACCUGGAAUCCAGAGACGCAGAAAAUAGCAUGGAAGAUCCCAGAGCUUUCCCAGAAGUCUGAAAAUGGAGGAGUCGGAGCUCUACUGGCUCGCUUCCGGUUAGAUGAGGGCCCCAGUAAACCGUCACAGCUCGCUGUUCAGUUCACCAGUGAGGGCAGCAAUCUGUCUGGCUGUGAUUUCCAACUUGUAGGGUCCGGCUACAGACUCUCUCUGGUUAAAAAAAGGUUUUCUGCAGGUAAAUAUUUGGCAGACAACUGACCUGAGCACAGCAAUGCUAGUGGGACUGUGACUGGGAUGAAAGGACACUCUUUUGGCAUUUCAAAGACUUUUAAAAUGUUUUUAGUAAGAUUCCAGAAGUACAUCACUAAAAAUCUCACAAAUAAUGUCUGGUGCAGAAAAUCAUCAGUGCGUUCUGUGUGUGUGUUUAUGUGAAUAUUAGUAAAUAUUUUGUGCGUAUACAAAACGACUUCAGGACAAAUGCAAUACAAGGACUUUUUCGCAGGGUUCUCACAGAAGGCAGAGUUUCCGUUUUCACUGUUGCACAUUUUCUAAAAAAUACCAAUGUAUUUCCUGAUAAAUGUGUGUGGUUUCACAAUAGUUUUGAGCUGGAGAUUUAUCUUUCCCAUGUACAGUGAGGGAAAUAAGUAUUUGAUCCCCUGCUGAUUUUGUAAGUUUGCCUGCUCACAAAAAAUCGAAGGGUCUAUCAUUUUUUUGGUAGGUUUAUUUUAACUGGUAGAGACAGAAUAUAAAAAAAUCUAGGGGAAAAGUGUUAUAUAAAUGUUAUGAAUUGAAUUGCAUUUCAGUAAGUGAAAUAAGUAUUUGAUCCCCGAGCAAAACGUAACUUUGUACUUGGUGGAGAAACCCUUGUUGGCAAGCACAGAGAUAAAACAUUUCUGAUAAAUGGUCACCAGGUUUGCACAUGUGUGUCAGGAUACAUUUUAGUCCACUCCUCUGUAAGGGUUCUUGGCUGUCGUUCAGCAAAUUGGAGUUUUAGCCUCUUUCACAGAUGUUCUAAAGGGCUAGGAUCUAGAGACUGGCUAAGACAUUUAAUGUGCUUCUCCUUAAGUCACUCUUUGGUUGUCUUGGUAAUAUGUUUUGGGUCUUUGUCAUGUUAAAGGCACAUCCACGACCCAUGUACAGUGACCUAGUUAAGGAGAGGAGGUUCUUGUCCAAGAUUUAAGUCAAGUGUAAACUUACAAAAUCAGCAGGGAUCACAUUUUUUUUCCCUCGUUGUAUAGCGUAGCAGAGUUUGGAGUUUUCUCUGUGCAAGAGUUUUGUAGUUCAUUUAACAGGUUCUAAGGUGCCGCUCUCAGUUCCCAAGCAUUUCUACAAUUACAAAUCUCUUCGAAAUUAAGAAAGAAAUGCUUCCACAGUUACAGUAGUUUUUGUUCCACAAUAUGAUCUUAAAAUUCUUCUUGAAGUACAUCAGUGUUUCAUUUGAUGGUGAAGGCAUGUUGAAAUGCAUCACUGCUGUCUUUUGUUCAAUUAUGUGCUUAAAUUUGGAUGUGACUGAAAUUCAUAGUUAAUGCAAAAAGUGAUGCCUGUACAUGUUUUCUCUGUGUGUCUUUAAAUAACAUUCUAGGAAAAUAAGGCUCCAUUUGUGUCAGGGAUGCAGAAUUCCUUUGGUUGAAAUGAACUUGAGGAAUUAGUCAAGUGUAAACCGUUUUCCAUUUGGUUUCCACAAUGUGGAUUUUCCUUUCCCAAAACAUUUUCCUGUAGCAAUAUUCAAAGAUAAUGUGUAAAAAAAGUGUAAGAUAGAAAUUGUUAUACAUAUAUCCACGUGGAUACAGAGUUUCUAUGUAUUGUCAUAGAACAGAUUACAUGUUAAGUUAUUGUUAGCAUUUCCGAUUCAUGAUGGCACUUUAUUUUUGUUUGGUAAUUUAUUUAAAAUGUUUGUCGAUUCUUUUAUAUAUCUAGUUGUUAUUGUUCAAUAAGGUUUUGAAAACCUGCGUUUUUCCCUAGUACAGAGAAACACUUCUUUAAAUUGACACUACCAUGCAUCAUGUGUUUCAGUCAAUUGUCGACCUGCAUAUUUUGAAAAGUAAGUAACGACUCAUCUUUGUUCUCCAUGUUGUUUGAUUUUUGAGAUAUAGAGACCAUAUGUGGAUCAUUGAGAUUCUCACUCAAACAUUCACUGGAAGCCUCAAAUCUCUCUAGUUUUCAGAUAUUAUCAUUUAGACUAUACAUCAUUUUCCUAGAUAAGCAUCAGUGGUGUGCUUUGAAUAUAUCUGGUUACAGUUAAUUACAAAGUUAUCCCUGCAGUUAAUUAAGUGUACUUUGUUCAUUGUAUUCUUUCAAUUGUUUUGAAGCCUUACCUGACCUUAAAUAUGAGGUGGAUAGACAGCUCCUGCCUGUGAAUGAUUCAUUCUGGUUGAAACAUGUCUUUCGUCUCUCAUUUUAUAUAUUUUUUUUGUCUUUGUUAACUUGCAUCUUGUUCAUACACCACUCAGAAAAAGGAAUAUGCAAACGUUUAAUGUAUACAAAAAACUGUCCCCAGAUUGUAAGAGACUAUAGAGGCUGAAGAUGCUAUGUAUAUCAUAAGUGAAACAAAAUGUAAUGUCAUAAAAUAAAAUAUUUCAUGUUUAA